AUGGUGUUUGUCCAGUACGUCAAGAAGGCCGUCGCCUGGCUUCUGCCUCCUCCUACGCAGUCGGAGGAUGGUCGCGACCAGUGGCCCUCGCGGGCGGCCUUCCUCCUCGCCGCCAUGGGAGGCUGCGCUGGUCAGGGAAACCUGAUCCGGUACCCCUCGGUCGUAUACAACAACUACGGCCUGCAGUGGUUCAUCCCGUACCUGCUGGCUAUUUUCUUUGUCGCGAUUCCGGCUCUGAUCCUCGAAAUCUCCAUCGGACAGGCCUAUCGCGGCGGAACAGUGAUCGCAUUCAACAAUAUCAACCGCCGACUGAAGGGUGUGGGAUUGGGCCCCAUCUUGGUCAGUUUUAUCGUCACGCAGUACUUCACGGUGAAUCUUGCCUGGAUCAUGAAUUACUUCCGAAACUCCUUCCGCAGCCCCUUGCCUUGGGAGGGCAGAAUUGAGGACUUCUACAUGGGUGACGUGAUCCACAAUGUCGAUCCGAUUGAUGGGUCGCUGAGCUUCGACAAUAAGGAGGUGCUUUCGUAUACGAAGUACCCUGGUGUUGCUCUCCUGGGCGAGACCGUUGGAUGGAGCGCGUUUAUCUGGUUCCUGAUCUGGAUUUCCAUCUUCCGCGGUGUUGGUCUGACUGGUCGUGUUGUCUACUGGACUAUGGGUCUCCCCAUUGUGACCACGAUCAUCUUCGUCGGCCGGUCUCUGUCGCUCGAGAAUGCCAGUGAAGGAGCCCGACUUCUUUGGGCAACAUGGAGAGGCGACCAGCUGGCCUCUGGUACUGUCUGGCAGACGGCUGUCGGACAAGUCUUCUUCUCUACCGGUAUUGGCUUUGGCUACUUCACCUCCUACGCUUCAUACAACUCGAAACACUCCAACGCAGUCAUGGACGCUCUGCUAAUCUGCGGGAGCAACGUCCUCUUCGAGAACUUUGCUGCAUUCUCCGUCUUCGGCGUCGUUGGCUAUCUCAGGAGAUGGCCGCAGGACGGUGAGCGACUCGGCGCCUUCGUCGUCGGCUUCCUCACCCUCCCUGAGGCAGUGCUGCACAUGCCCGGCGCCAACUUCUGGGCCUUCCUGCUCUUCUUCACCCUCGUCGUACUGGGAUUCAGUUCUGCGUUCGUCAUGCUGGACGCCGUCGCCACCCUCAUCGUCGACUCGGGCCAUGUCAAGCUCUCGCGCCCAGUAAUCGUCACAAUCCUCACCCUCAUCUCGUUCCUCAUGUGUCUCCCCUACUGCACAGAGUUCGGCUUCUACCUCCUCGACGGCAUUGACCGCUGGAUCAACAACGUCUGUCUCAUCUUCGUCGUCUGGUCCGAGGUCGUCAGCGCAAGCACCAUCUACCGCUGGACCGAUGUUGUCGACCAGACCGGCCUUUGGGGUUUCAUUCUGUACAACUUUGCAUACUUUGGCGGUCAGAUCAUCGGCGUCGCUGUGGCCCAUGGAACUGAAGACCCUGCUAUUGGCGCGGGAGCUGGAUUUGGCGUCUACGUCGUCUUCGGUAUCACUGCGGCACUGAUUUCUGACCGACCAUCUAUCCCGGCUCCAAGCUUCUGGGGGAGGAACACAUUCCUUAGCAAGUUCUGGUAUCUCGCCGCCUACUCGGGAAACCAAAUCCGGCGAGACCUAAACAACAUCGUCGGCGGUGGAAAAAACUGGAACAUCCCCGUAUUCUGGCCCGUAAUCCUGCGGUACGUGUGCGCGCCCGUUCUCGCCAUAAUCUUCUCCUUCGCAUAUCCCGAGUUCCACACACUCCGCUACGACCCGCUCAUGAUCACGGGCUUCAUUCUCGCGCAUAUCAUCCUGCUCGUUAUCCUGCUUGGAUUUGUCAUGCCGAGGUAUUAUGAUGUGUUUAUCCCGCCGCAUCGUAUUGAUGAGGGGAAGACGCUUAUGGGGGAGUUGGCGCAGGGACAGCAUGUUCCUGCUAGUAGGACUGAGCCGAGUGUGGGCAGUGAGGAGGGGGAGGCGUCGAUACCGCCGCCGGCGUAUACGAAGAGCUAG